AUGGGUGAAUCUUCGGAUUUCAUUAGCGAUCUACCUCAGAGCAUAAUUGAGAAUAUCCUUACUCGGCUUUCGAUUAGAGAUGCGAUAAGAACAAGCGUUUUAUCUAGCAAAUGGAAAUAUAAAUGGUCAACAAUCACUGAUCUUGUGUUUGAUGAGAAAUGUGUUGCUUCUUCGAAUGAUCGUAACCUAGUUGAGAACAGUCUUGUGAGGUUCAUAACCGGUGUGCUUCUCCUUCACCAAGGACCUAUCCAUAAGUUUCAGCUCUCCACUUCUUUCUUGCAAUGUCGUCCGGAUAUUGAUCAGUGGUUGCUUUUCCUUUCGAGGAACGGGAUUAAAGAGCUUGUUCUCGAGUUAGGAGAAGGCGAAUUCAGGGUUCCUUCGUGUCUUUUCAACUGUUUGAAACUGACUCGUUUGGAGUUAUGCCAUUGUGAGUUUGACCCGCCUCGGUAUUUCAAAGGGUUUUCGUCUUUGAAGAGUCUUAACCUUCACCAAAUUCUUGUUGCUCCUGAGGUGAUUGAGAGUCUGAUCUCGGGAUGCCCGCUUCUCGAGUUCCUGUCAUUGUCUUACUUUGAUAGUUUAGUUCUGAGUAUAUCGGCUCCGAAUCUCUUGCACUUGUAUCUAGACGGUGAAUUCAAAGACAUUAUCCUCGAGAAUACGCCAAAGCUAGUUGCGAUAUCGGUUUCAAUGUACAUGCAUGAGGAUGUUACUGAUUUUGAGCAAAGUUCAGAUUAUAAUCUCGUUAAGUUCCUUGGUGGUGUGCCCCUUCUUGAGAAGCUCGUCGGUUUUAUCUACUUCACAAAGUACUUGAGCAUAGGAGAUGACCCGGGAAGGCUUCCGAUUACUUACAUUCAUCUUAAAACUAUAGAACUUUACCAAGUAAGUUUUGAAGAUACCAAUGAGGUACUAGUUCUUCUUCGUUUGGUCACUCACUCUCCAAACCUUAAAGACCUCAAAGUUUCGGCUUCACCAAUCCAACUAUUUCCUCUUGAAGAAGAAGGUUUCGACCUUUUCGAAAGAGAUUACUUCGACUACAAACUCCCGAGACUUGAAACCGUGAAGAUGACAGACGUUUCUGGCAUCAGAAACGAGUUGGAGUUUAUCAGAUUCUUGUUGGGAACUUCUCCAGUUCUGGAGACAGUCACUGUAACAUCGAGUUUAUCAGAUAAAGAUGCGAAAAUGGAUAUGGUUGUCGAAUUGCUUAGGUUCCCGCGUGUUUCUCCUCGAGCUCAGUUCCUCUUCCUUCAAGAUUAA